GGCGCAGCUGCCGUGGUGGCAGCGGCUGAAGUAGCGGUGUCUGAGACGGCUGUAACAGCUCUGGGCUCGGGGCUUUGGUGGCGGCGCCGCCGGCGGGCUGGGCUGCACGGUGCGGACCCCGGCGCGCGGUCCGGGUUGCUGGGGCGGCGCGUAAGAUGCCUCUAAUGGAGUUUCUGAGAAGCACCUCUGGGCCAGUGGCUUUGAAAGGGAGCUCCAACCAGAGACUAUUUAAAGCCCUGGACAUUGCAUCCUGAGAGCUAUAGGAGAGGAGAACAUGGCUGUGAGCUUAGACGACGAUGUGCCCCUCAUCUUGACCUUGGAUGAGGGUGGCAGUGCCCCACUGGCUCCCUCCAACAGCCUGGGCCAAGAGGAGCUGCCUAGCAAAAAUGGGGGCAGCUAUGCCAUCCACGACUCCUGGGCCCCCAGUUUGAGCUCCAUAGGGGAGAGUUCCCCCUCCAGUCCCACCGGACACAACUGGGAGAUGAAUUAUCAAGAGGCAGCCAUCUACCUCCAGGAAGGCGAGAAUAACGACAAGUUCUUCACCCACCCCAAGGAUGCCAAAGCGCUGGCGGCCUACCUCUUUGCACACAACCACCUCUUCUACCUGAUGGAGCUAUCAACGGCCCUGCUCCUGCUGCUGCUCUCCCUGUGCGAGGCCCCCGCUGUCCCUGCACUCCGGCUUGGCAUCUAUGUCCAUGCCACCCUGGAGCUGUUUGCCCUGAUGGUGGUGGUGUUUGAACUCUGCAUGAAGUUACGGUGGCUGGGCCUCCACACCUUCAUCCGGCACAAACGGACCAUGGUCAAGACCUGUGUGCUGGUGGUGCAGUUUGUUGAGGCCAUCGUGGUGUUGGUACGGCAGACAUCCCACGUGCGGGUGACCCGGGCGCUGCGCUGCAUUUUCCUGGUGGACUGUCGGUACUGCGGUGGUGUCCGGCGUAACCUGCGGCAGAUCUUCCAGUCCCUGCCACCCUUCAUGGACAUCCUCCUGCUGCUGCUAUUCUUCAUGAUCAUUUUCGCCAUCCUCGGUUUCUACUUGUUCUCCCCUAAUCCUUCAGACCCCUACUUCAGCACCCUGGAGAACAGCAUCAUCAGUCUGUUUGUGCUUCUGACCACAGCCAAUUUCCCAGAUGUGAUGAUGCCCUCCUACUCCCGGAACCCCUGGUCCUGCGUCUUCUUCAUUGUGUACCUCUCCAUCGAGCUGUACUUCAUCAUGAACCUGCUUUUGGCCGUGGUGUUCGACACCUUCAAUGACAUCGAGAAACGCAAGUUCAAGUCUUUGCUGCUGCAUAAGCGAACCGCCAUCCAGCAUGCCUACCACCUGCUCAUCAGCCAUCGGAGGCCAGCUGGCAUUUCCUACAGGCAGUUUGAAGGCCUGAUGCGCUUCUAUAAGCCCCGGAUGAGUGCCAGGGAGCGCUAUCUUACUUUCAAGGCCCUGAAUCAGAGCAGCAAACCUCUGCUCAGCCUAAACGACUUUUAUGAUAUCUAUGAAGUUGCCGCUUUGAAGUGGAAGACAAAGAAAAACAGAGAGCACUGGUUUGAUGAGCUUCCCAGGACUGCGUUCCUCAUCUUCAAAGGAAUUAAUAUGCUUGUGAAGUCCAAGGCUUUCCAGUAUUUCAUGUACUUGGUGGUGGCAGUCAACGGGGUCUGGAUCCUUGUGGAGACAUACAUGCUGAAAGGUGGGAACUUCUUCGCCAAGCACGUGCCAUGGAGCUACCUCAUCUUUCUCACCAUCUAUGGGGUGGAGCUGUUCCUGAAGGUUGCCGGCCUGGGCCCUGUGGAGUACCUGUCCUCUGGGUGGAACCUGUUCGACUUCUCUGUCACUGUGUUUGCCUUCCUGGGACUGCUGGCCCUGGCCCUCAACAUGGAGCCUUUCUAUUUCAUAGUGGUCCUGCGUCCCCUGCAGCUGCUGAGGUUGUUUAAAUUGAAAAAGCGUUACCGCAAUGUGCUGGACACCAUGUUCGAGCUGCUGCCACGGAUGGCCAGCCUGGGCCUCACCCUGCUCAUCUUCUACUACUCCUUCGCUAUUGUGGGCAUGGAAUUCUUCUGUGGAAUCCUCUACCCCAACUGCUGCAAUGCAAGUACAGUGGCAGAUGCCUACCGCUGGCUCAAUCACACCGUGGGCAACAAGACGGUCGUGGAGGAAGGCUACUACUAUCUCAACAAUUUUGACAACAUCCUCAACAGCUUUGUGACCUUGUUUGAGCUCACAGUUGUCAACAACUGGUACAUCAUCAUGGAAGGUGUCACCUCUCAGACCUCCCAUUGGAGCCGCCUCUACUUCAUGACCUUUUACAUCGUGACCAUGGUGGUGAUGACUAUCAUCGUGGCCUUCAUCCUCGAGGCCUUCGUCUUCCGGAUGAACUAUAGCCGCAAGAACCAGGACUCGGAAGUUGACAGUGGCAUCACCCUUGAGAAGGAAAUCUCCAAAGAAGAGCUGGUCGCUGUCCUGGAGCUCUACCGGGAGACACGCGGAUCUUCCUCAGAUGUCACUCGGCUGCUGGAGACCCUCUCUCAGAUGGAGAGGUACCAGCAAAGUUCUGCGGUAUUCCUGGGACGGAGAUCAAGGACCAAAAGCGACCUGAGCCUAAAGAUGUACCAGGAGGAGAUAAAGGAGUGGUACGAGGAGCACACCCGGGAGCAAGAGGAACAGCAGCAGCAGCUUAGCCGCAGCGCAGUCCCUGCAGUGCAGCAGCCCCCAGGGAGUCGCCAGCGCUCCCAGACUGUCACCUAGCCCCAGCGCGCAGCAGCCAUCUCUUCUAUGCAAUAACACAAUAGUAUUAUUUUACUAUGAUGUAUCAGAAUAACGUGUAUGUAUAUAUAUAUAUAUAUAUAUAUAUAUACACACACACAUAUACACAUAUUCAUAUAUAUGCACAUAUUUAUAGAGAGGAAGAAACAAAAAGACAAGAUGGGGUUUGGUUUAUAACCACCUUGCCCUGUUUCCCUUAACUCCAUGAGUCAGUUUGGUUUGGGGGCAGUUAGGCCACUGUGUAUGAACUCUUCCUAACAUGGAAAGCUCCAGAAGUCCCCUUCACAAGAAGACCACUUGGAUAGAUUCUGCCAAUCUCUACAGGGCUUGCCUGCAAAGGAAGCUGGACCUUGCUAGGCCCAAUCCAAGCCUGUCUUCUGCUGUAGCUUCAGGCUUCCAUCCUACCUGGCAGUGUCUCCACUAAUGUUCCCUGCAGCCACAUCACGUGUUUCUGUGUCUUGCUUUAGGGACAAAACCACUUAGGAAGGAAAGCACCCAAAUCCCUGGGGGUGGUAUUUGUCUCUAUGAUAAUGUACUAGAACGUUCCUUUGGGAGACCGAUGCCCAGGACCUCAUGAAAAGAGGGAUCCAGGGGUGUGAUUAGACUCAUGUGGUCAGAGUUCCCUUAGCCAGUGUUGGGCAGCCAGAGAUCACGCUGACCAAUUUCGUCUCCUGGCUCGGCAAGCCUUCUCUCCCAUACUCUUGUUUAACCUUUGUUGCCGAAAAUCCUUCUACAGUUGCCUCCUGUGGAACCUAGGCCUAGCAGGAAGAGGACAGCAGGCACAAUGCCGGGCCAAUUCCUGGGAUGGGUUUUCUAAACUAAAUCCCUUUUCCUUGUGAUUUACCUAUUUGAACAAAGUGACUUUUUCAUUCAUUAAGGAUUGUGCUAAGGAUGAUAGCAGAGCUGUCACACAUGUGCGUUAGAUGCCACUGUCACAAUUGGAGCAAACCACACAGAGACAGCUCACUGUGGGGCAUCGCUGCAGCUGAGCUUGGCCCAGCUUCCACCUCCCCUGGGGCAGUCGACCUCCCUGGAAGCUGGAGCAGGAGUGAGGACUCAGCUCGCCCUGGGGUUUCCACUAGAAGAUUGGUUGGUGCAGAAGUAGGUUCUGAUGAACACUCGAUUAACCAAAUUCCCCUGGUACUUCAUGGGAGUUCUACAUAUCCAGGCAUGGUCCAGGUGGGACAGGUGCUUGAAGCCAGAGCAGGCCAUGGGGGUGCCAGCACAGUGGACAGUGGUGGCGGUGGUGGCAGAAGCAGGUGAGAGCAGAAGUUGCUCCAGUGAGGCUCUCCUGGACCACAGAGGCAAGCAAGAUGGAGGGUGUGGAGAGGGUGUGGGAGGCAGCCACCAGUGGGCAUCCUGGGCUAACCCCAGCUUCCCAGCUGCCUCCACUGCUUCUCGUGACUUUGGCAGGUGGGUGGAUGGAGGUUCCCCCUGGUGUCAUCCUUUUCCCAGCCACAGAGCAGGUGGGGCAGAGCCUGACCCCAGGAGAGUAGUACCUGGUCCCGCCACCCUGCUCUCCCCAGCCACCUCCAAGGCCAGGCUGGUUCCCACAGCCAACACAACACAGUUCUCACCUUCCCCAGGGAGAAGUGGCAUAUGUUUUCAUUUAAAGCACAGCCCUUUGGGAAAACAAAGAAUCAUUGAGAACCACUGUUAUUCCCACGGGAGUCGGGAGACCGACAUUGUCCUCUUCAUCUCUGGAGGGCUUGCGGCCAUCACAGGGACCUGCAGGCCAGAAGCCCUUCCCCUCUCCGGAGAAGGAACUUUAUUUGCACAACUGGGUGCCUUUUAGCUUUUGUGUACUGAAACGGGCAUUUUGGAAGCAGGGAUUAAGAGGCAGCUUCUGAAGGAGGGCAUGGAUCCUCCAACCUGAGCAUCUGGGCCUCAUUCUGGUCCCCUCCAGGGAGGGGCGCCAGGGCCCAGCAGUCACCCUGGUGGCCCAGAGCAGUUGGGAUCCCCCCCACCAGGUGUGAGGGCUAGUUCCAGGACAGGUAGGAUGAGUUAACUAGUCCAUCCUUGCAGCCCUGUCCUGAGAAAAGCCCUGCUUUUGGCCAGGACCAAUGAAUGCAGAGUGGCAACAGAUGUGACGGGCCAGACUCCAGCCCUUGUCACUAAGGCUAAGGAUGACUGUCCCCAUGAGGUCACCUGUGGCCUCUGCCAAGUUGAUCCUCAAACUUGCCCACCAGCAGGGAAUAGGUGUCACCCCCAGCUGUGAGCUGAGGGCCCCGGGCCAUCAUCUAGCUCAGAUGCCCUCUCACUCCCCCUCAUGUCACAGCUGAGUGCAACCAAGUGACACUGGUGCCCUGGCAGCGGCGGCAAAAGAGCUCUGGGGGGGGGGAACGCCCUCGGGCCCCUCCUUGCUUCCCCUCCCCCAGCCCCAGCCUUACUCUACACCACGAGGACAAUCAUUUUGUAUGGAUCACGGGAGCAACGCUGUAAGGUUUUGUACACUGGUGAUUUGUUACCUAGAAAACCCACUGUGUCUCCUGAUU